UCCAGCAACAUCUGCAGCAUCCGGCCGUUUUCCCGAGCAGGUGAGCCGCUCUUCGGCUCCAGACCCGGUUUAGUUGCCCACAGAAAGCUGCAGGUCGCUGGAUCUCAGCCUGCCGGCCUUUGGGAGCUGCUGCUGCUGCUGAGACCUGAGCUCGUUUCCCCGCCACAAUGAGCAGCUUGAAGGGCUUCCAGUCCCAGCUGUCGUCCAUCAUGGAGGCGCUGACCCGAGCCGCGGUGGCGGAGAUCUGCGGGCUGGUGGAUGACGGCUACGCCGUCCUGCGGCUGGAGAUCUCCCGCAGCCGCAAGGAGAACGAGGCGCUGCGGACGAAGCUGGAGCUCAUCGAGUCCAUCAUCGCCCGGGGCGGCCGCCGGACCGGCGGGCCGGAGGAGGCUGCGGCCGAGUUGGAAGCUGAAGCGUCUCUACAGCAGAUAAAACCCUCCAACUUCAGAGGACAUGGAUCCGUUCCUGCAGAGGAUUCUGCUGCAGCCGCUGCGGAGGAGCCGAUCCAAAUGGAUGAGGACAUCGUUGUGAUCAAAGAGGAUACGGAGGAGGAGAAGGACGACCCGCUGCUCCUGCAGGAGGACGGUAAGGAGGCGGACCCGGGCCUCCCUGUGGGCCAGGAGGGCCCAUCCGGCAGGAAGAUCUCUGACAUGCGGUGUUGGGACCAGAGCAGCUCCUGCAGUGGCCGGCCGUCUCCGGGCCCGUCCGGCGCCGCUGAGGGCGGUUCUGCGGACUUUGACCUGGCCUCCGAGUCGGACAGCGGCGCUCUGUCUGCAGCGGACAUCAGGACCGGCUUCCUGCUGGGAUCUGGAGACGGACCGGCGGCGCUGCCCGGACUGUCAGACCUGAAGCGGGGUUCUGCUCUGGUCGGGUCCGUCCCCUGCGACGUGGAUUUGGACCCCGGCGCCUCCUGGAGCAGCCAGGCCGUGCCCGGCAUGAUGCCGGUGCCGCACCGCUCCAUGCUGCUGGCACUUGGCGGCUCCAGACUCGACCCGCUGGAGCUCAGCCGGUUCUGCAGGGACCAGCGAUUUGCCUGUAACUACUGCGGAAAAUGCUUCACAUCAUCGCGCAGCCUGGAGACACACGUCCGCGUUCACACGGGCGAGAGGCCGUACAGCUGCGCGCAGUGCGGGAAGCGCUUCACGCAGUCGGGCCACCUGAAGACGCACCAGAGCGUCCACACGGGGAGCGACCCUUCUCCUGCGAGCACUGCGGGAAAUGCUUCGCGGCCAAGCAGAACCUGCGGAUCCACCAGCAGAAACAUCACAUGGUGCCGCUUUGACUGGGCCAGAGCCGAGCCCAGACCCGCUGACCCGCUGACAGGGCCGGCCCAAGCCUUUUGGGACCCAAAGCAGAUUUCCAUACAUGUCAACACCAGAUUCUUCAUUCCUGAUCUGCUCUCGGUCGGGAUGUCGGUUCUGAGCAGCAAGGCGCUCCAGGAGCAGCUGUCCGCGGUGCUGGGAGCGCUGGCCAAGGCGGCGCUGGCGGAGAUCUGCGAGCUGGUGGAGGAGGGCUACUCGGGGCUGCGGCUGGAGAUCAGCCGCAGCCGCCAGGAGAACCACGACCUGCGCAAGAAGCUGCACCUCAUCGAGUCCAUCGUGGUCCCGGGCGGCGGGGACGGCCAGGCCCCGGAGGACAAGACCGAGGCGACGAAGGCGGCCGUCCCACCGGAAACAGCGCAGAGACAGCGGGACAGGCAGCGGGAAGACCCGCGCGGGAAUCCGGAGGAGGAUCCGGAGGGGACGGAGGAUCCGCGGGGGUGGAGCGGGAGGAGAACCUCGUGGGGCGUUCGAGUGCCGUCUGGAAGAAAACGGAGAGUCAGAGGGAAGAUGCAAUCUGUCCUGGAUGUGGUUCUGAUUAAAGACGAAGACUCGGACGGGUUCCACAGCAUUGACGUCGGAGAACAGCGGCGCCAGGAUGGCGGAGCGGCAGCCGCCAGCGAAGCCGCCUCCUUGGCUCGGUCCGUCCGGCGGCGGCACCGCCGCCGCAGCCGGCCGUAUGUAUACGGCGACCCGUCGGCGCCGAAGUCAUCCAAACUGUCGGCCGGAUCACAACAGAACGUCCCGGUCUACAGCCUGGACUCGCCCCGCAGCGACCCGGGCGGCUCGGCGCCGGACAACGUCCAGCUGAAGGCGGACGCCUCGGACUGCUCCUACCCGGACGUCCAGCUGGUCCAGGACUGCUCCCUGGCGCCGCCGGGCCCCAGCAGGCAGCUGUUCUUUAGCAGUGCCGCCCUGAUGGAGGCCCUGUCUCCCUCCAACCGGGCCGACCUGGACCUGAACCUGGACCCGUCCUGGUCCAAACAGCCCAAAGGCUCCAUGGCCCUGAAGCUGGUCGGCAUCGCCGGCUCCGCAGACGACCACGGCGGCGCCGCCUUCGAGUUUGAAAACGGCCGCGGCGGCAUGCUGAACUUCGGGCUGUACGGAUCCUCGCCGGGCCAGCAGCUCUCCGCCGCGGAUCCGGACGACGACUCCCACAGGAAGCGCUUCGUCUGCUCCAUUUGCAACAAGACCUACGCCACGGCGCAGAACCUGGAGGUCCACACCCGCAUCCACACGGGCGAGCGGCCGUUCACCUGCGACCAGUGCGGCAAGAAGUUCACGCAGUCGGCCCACCUGAGGUCGCACCUGAACGUUCACACGGGGGAGAGACCGUACGGCUGUUCGCUCUGCUCCCGCAGCUUCAUGGUCAAGUACAGCCUCAAGCUGCACAUGAAGAAGUGCCACCCCAACAGCUGGGUCCAAACGGGCCCAACCGCUGGGCCCAAACGGCCUGAACCGGGUCCCAACUGGACCCAACAACUGAGCUCAACUGGACCCAACAACUGAGCCCAACUGGACCCAACAACUGAGCCCAACUGGACCCAACAACUGAGCCCAACUGGAACCAACAACUGAGCUCAACUGGAACCAACAACAGAGCCGAACCAGGCUGAACUGGGCCCCAAUGGUUCCCUCCAGAACUUUGUUGUAAAUCUUUUCCUUUGUAGCGAAGCGUUAAACGGUCAGAGCGGUAUCUGUUUAAGGUUCAAAACAUAAUCAGAUUUAUUUUUCUUUGAAACCUAAAUAUGAGAUUGUAAUUUUAAACCAUCUCAACACGGCUUUGGAGCUCCAAUUUAAAAACUGUAGUUAAUUUGUUACAUGCAUUUGAAUGAUUGUCAAACUUGAUUUAUUAGCAUUAGCAAUGUUAACAUUUGAUUAACACGACUAUUUCAUAAACUUAAUGAUUAUUUGUAACUAGCGAUGCUCCGUUCUGGUUCUUUGAUUCCAGUUCUGAUCACCUCUGAGGUCCGAUCACUGAGGAUCAUCUGAUUGGCUGUUCAUUUUGGUAUUAAUGCUACUAUGAGAUCUGGCAAAAUGGAAAAAUGAUCUGGCAAUAAGUUCACCUCAUUCAGACAUAAAACAUGCAAAAUACAACAGCUAUUCAGUCAAAACUGAUCAACCUGCGAUCAAUAAAAUAAUAUUUAACAGUAAAUCUGGUUCUGAUUGGCUAGCCGAGUAUCCUGGCUCUGAUUGGUUGUUUUUGACCGGGAGGAGUCGCAGGAGAUUGAUUUAUUUUUCUCACAGAUCUUCUGUCUCAUGUUGGGACGUAGCUAAAGUUUUAAUUCAAAUCUUUUUUAAGUCGCCCAACCAGAGCAUCGUCUUUCACCUCCAGAUCUGGACUCCAGUCAUUUCUCGGGUUGAUUGUUCGGCGUUUCUGACGUCAUGCCGGCUGUGGCAGCUGCUUCACCUGCUGCCUGGUCGCUCCGGAUGUCCAAACUGAGUCCAGUGCUUGUUUUUUAAAUGUCAUGUAUUAUUGAUGCAUUUUGACGCGUCAGUCCAGGUAUUUUCUGUCAACACUCAAACGUUCCCCGUUCACUCUGACCUUCCUGGUUCCUCUGUUUGCUCAGGAUUUGUUGCUGCGUUUGCAGUGAAGGAAAGAGGAGAUGAGCUGAACAGGCUGCGAAGUGAGAUACAGGCGAUCGGUGGCUGAUUGAUCAGUAAACCUCUACUUGUAACAAAUUAAAGUUUUAAAUGUUUUUUUCAAUGUAGGAGAAACGUUGAAAGAAUCAGAGGAAACUCUUUUAUGUUCUCAGAAGUCAGAGGAGCAAUUUAAUUAAAAUUAGUCAUAAAACUCGUCAGAAACUCGUUUUAACGAGAUAAAAGCCAGAUUAAUAUCAGUUUGUUGUAAAGAGAUGAGUUUCAUCUUGUCAAUUUUCUUUCUUAGGAGAUAAAACUCAAACUCAGUUUUAAUCAGUUUCUUGUUACAGAUGGAAACAGAUAAACAAAAACGUCUCGUAAUGAAAAACUUUCUUGUUUCAAUGAGAAGUUUUAUGUCCUUACAGCGAGAAACGAGAUUCUUUAUUUUAAACGGUUCUGUUUUCUGCAUGUUUGUGUAAAACCACUUAUUUCAAUUUUAAAUUGAAAUAAGUUCAAAAGUUCAAUUUUCAGGUUUUAAUGAAGCUCUGUAGCAUUUUCUAAAUGAUGCAAAACGUUAUGAGAUGGAAACAGACAGAUUAGAGCGGGAGGAAAUUAUAACUGCUUAAUCCGUGAAAUUUAAGGAUUUCAGACAUUCCAGGUAUUUAUGAUGAAAUUUUUUAUUUCCCCUUUUAUUCUGGAAUAAAAGGGGAAUACUUCUGUCUGCAAAAGCCCUUUUAGAUAAUACUUCAUCAUAAAACUAAUACUUUCCCACAGACUAAUAGCCACCAGCAUGCAGUACCACUCCUGACCACUAGAGGCUCCAAUAAAACUGUGUUUGUCUAUUUUCCUGCUGUUUGAAUGUUUUGUUCCUGAAAUAUUAAAA